AUGGCCGAGCCUCUUGUCCAGCCAGACUCCCCCCUGGCAGCCUACCUCCGCCAGUCUGCCAGCCCUCCAACGAUGAGCCCGCCAGACAUCCUCAGCCUCUCCACCCUGCUCAUCCUCAUCGGAUACCACCUGUCCCCCCGCUGGGCACUCUUCUCGCUCCCCAUCAUCGCCCUCACACUCUUCCGCCUCAGCACCAGCCCAGACAGCUCCGCCUCACCCGCAUCAUCCCGCAGCCUCCAGCUCCACAUCCAAGCCGCUAUCAGCCCCGAGAUCGCAAAGCUCGUCAACACCAGCCAGGCCCUCGACCCCCGUGUCAGUCAGGCCAUUGGCACAGUCAAGGAAAUCAAAUGUGUCGCACUCGGCCUUGGCCUAUCAAACCCUAUGCCCUCAGUCCCCCGCCUUGAAACCGCUGCCUUCCCCUUCGCCGGCCCCUCCGCGGACGCAUCCCCAGCAGACAACCUGCAUGCACAAGGAGUCCGCAAGGUUCUACAACGCGCCCUGGAACAAGCCGGCACAAGUUCAAGAACACCGCCCUCAUCCGUCCGCUCCAUCUCACCCAUCCGUCCGCCCCGUCAAAUUCCGUCUCAGCAUAUCGGGGGCUCCUUUUGA